CUUCCUAGAGCGGCUAGGAGGCCAGAGAGACCCCUAAAGGGCUGGGAAAGAGUGGGCUUUGGCCCCUGUUUCCUGGGCCUCUGGCUGAAAGGAGGGAGCCUCUUCCCCUUCUCAGCCAGAGGGAACUGAACUUGGCAUGUGAUAGCAGUUUUACCAGUCUUUUGAAAGAGGGAGAAUCUGGCACAACGGAGAGCAUUUCAUCACUUAAGGCACUGUGUUCCUGGGGACUCCACUCAGUGCUGGAAAAAGUGAAUUUUCCUAGAGAGGAGGAGACUGAAGCUGGCUGCAGGGAACCCAGAGGGAGAUGGAGAAGAAGGGGCUCCUACUUUAAGACAAGGACCCCAACCACCCUUUCAGCUCCCUGAGAGUAAAGGAUCCUUGUUUUUGUCCCCAAGGAGGAUCUGAGAAAGGAGCCAGUUUCCAGCUUGAACUUGGUGGUUAAACAUCUCCCUACCUCAAGAGACCUAACUAGCUUGUUGCCUCAGCCAUGCAGGAAGACAUUUUCCCAUCUCUACAACUGUAACUUUCAACUGCUAGUCCAGCCAGCUUCUCUUUAUGGAAUGGUGUCUGUGUGUCAGGGAUGCUGUAUUGUGAAGCACCAAAAUAUCUUGAGCCGGCUCAUUAGGCACUGCAGAUAUUUCUACCUACAAAAUUAAUAUUUUAAUAGAACAGCAAAAGAGAAGGCAAAAAAAGAAUUGUCAAGGACAGAGCAAAUGUUGUGAAGUGCUUUGUUUGUGGCUUUGAAGGGAAUGACCCCCCCUCUUUCCCCACCCAUAGACACAACCUCUAGGUUUUUUUUAAUUAACUCUGUUAUGGACAAUAAAAGGAGCACAUUCUCACCUUUGAAAGUGCUGAUAAAAUAUUUGCUUACUUAAAGAAAGUGUUUUUAAUAUGUUCUUCACAGAACAUCUUGGUUUUUUGGUAGGGUUUGAUAUUUGUCAGGAAUUUUCCCAGUCUUUUUCCUGAGGGAGAAUCUUCCAGAAGAGAAAAGAAUUUCUUCCCUUCCAUGAUCACUACUCCGUGGUGGAGAAGCAAGACUCAGCUGGCCUCAAGUUCAGUAAAAGUGUUCCUAUUGUUUGAAGUGAGGACAGACGUUAAGGGAAAUAAGAGCCAUGCAGAAGAACCUGAGAGAGGAUACACUCAGUUCAGACAUACAGUGCCAAUGCUUCAGACAGUUCCACUAUAAUGAGGCUGUGGGGCCCCGGGAAAUUUGUAGUCAGCUCCACAAUCUCUGCUGUCUGUGGCUGAAGCCAGAACAACACACCAAGGCUCAGAUUCUGGACAUGAUAAUCUUGGAACAGUUCUUGGCUGUCCUUCCCUUGAAGAUGGAGAGCUGGGUGAGAGAAUGUGGGCCAGAAACUUGUUCCCAGGCUGUAGCCUUGGUGGAAGGUUUCCUCCUGAGUCAGGCAGAAGAGAAGAAACAAGAAGAGCAACAGGUAUUUCUGAAAGAGAGCACCGACAAAGUUCCUUCGGACUCCAGCCAGGAAAUUCAGUAUAGGUGGAUCAUGCAAGAAGAGGACAGAGAUGUCACCUUGUUAGGAAAUGGAAAACUGCCAGGACCAAAACAUAAUGGUUCAGGUCUUCAUUUUGAUGCUUGGAGAACAACUUCCAAGAGCCUGGAUCAGAUAGGGGGCAGGAUCCCUGGAGGACCAAGAAGCGGGCAGGUGACCUUUGAGGAAUUAGCUGUGUCUUUCAGCAAGGAGGAAUGGGCCCUGCUGGAUCAAGAUCAAAAGGCACUGCACAAGGAAGUCAUGGAGAAGAACUUGGCAAUCGUGGCUUCUCUGGGUGAUGAGAAGGAGAGCAAGAAUGAAGGAGAACCAAGGAUGUCUUUGUUACAAAGAGGUGAAUGUCAACAGAAGGAAGAGAAGGCAACCAAAAGAGAUAAUCAGGGGGAGAGGAGGAACAAAGUCCCUGCUUCUCAUGCUGAUGAUAUCAGUAGAAUCUCAUUCGAAGAAAUGAUAGAAGAAGGAAAUGAGAGUAAUAAAUGUAUUUCUCUUGAAUGUGUAGGGGACCUCAGUUGUGAAGAAAACAUUAACCUUCUUGCAGGAAGAAAUCAUAAAAAAUGUGAGUUCUUGGGGUGUGGAAAAAACUUCAAGUGGAAGUCGCACUUUAUUUUACAUCAAAGAAUACACACAGGGGAGAAACCAUUUAAAUGCUUGGAGUGUGGGAAAAGAUUCAGUUGGAAAAGAAGCUUCAUUCAUCAUGAGAGAACCCACACAGGGGAGAAACCCUUUAAAUGCUUGGAGUGUGAAAAGACAUUCAAUCAGAAGACAGAUCUUACUAAUCAUCAGGCUAUCCACACAGGGGAUAAACCAUUUAAGUGCUCGGAGUGUGGUAAAAAUUUUAGUCGGAAAACAUACCUCACUUCUCAUCAAAAAACCCAUACCUGGGAGAAACCAUUUAAGUGCCUGGAAUGUGGGAAAAGUUUCAGUUGGAAGACAAACCUCAUUCGUCAUCAAGCAACUCAUACGGUAGAGAAACCCUUUAAAUGCUUGGAGUGUGAAAAAUGUUUCACCCUGAAGACGGGCCUCAUUUCUCAUCAAGCAACUCACACCAGGGAGAAGCAUUUUAAAUGCUUGGAGUGUGACAAAAGUUUCAGUCAGAAGAUACAUCUUACUUUUCAUCGGUCAACUCACACAGGGGAAAAUCCCUUUAAAUGUCAGGAAUGUGGAAAGACUUUCAGUUGGAAGAGAAGCCUCAUUUAUCAUCAGGUAACUCAUACAGGGGAUAAACCCUUUAAAUGUUUGGAGUGUGGAAGGAGAUUCACUCAGAAGAUAAACCUCACUCGUCAUCAGGCAACACACACAGGAGAGAGACCUUUUAAAUGCUUAGACUGUGGAAAGAGCUUCAAUCAAAAGAUAAACCUCACUUCUCAUCAAACAACACACACAGGAGAGAAACCAUUUAAAUGUUUGGAAUGUGGGAAGAGUUUUACUCAGAAGAUAGACCUCAGUUCUCAUCAGGUAACUCACACAGGAGAGAAACCGUUCAAAUGUCUGGAGUGUGGAAAGAGUUUCAGCUGGAAGAAAAGUCUCACUUGUCAUCAAGCAACUCACACAGCAGGUAGACCCUUUAAAUGUCUUGAAUGUGAGAAAAGCUUCAGUUGGAAAAGGAGCCUUGUUCGUCAUCAAGCAACUCACUCAGUGGAGGAACCAUUUCAACCAUUUAAAUGCCUUGAAUGUGGAAAAACCUUCAGUUGGAAGACCAGCCUUCUUCGUCAUCAAGCAACUCACACACUGCAAAAACAAUUUAAAUCCCCUAAGUCUGGAAGCAGCUUCCAUCAGGAACCGCCACUUAUGAAAUAUGAAAAUUCACACAGGGGAGAAACCAUAUGAAUGCUUGGAGUGUGGAAAAGGUAUUGGAACAAAAAUCUCACCUCCAAGGAGUUCACAGAGGAAGCAAACCAUUUAAGUGCUUGGAUUGUGGAACGAGGUAUAAGAGGACAAAACACCUUAUUUUGCAUCUAGGAAAGCGGUGGUUUUAAAAUGACUCUCUGAAAACAAUAUAAUGUGCUAUUUGGUGAAAUCAUGGAAAGUGUUACAGACAAAAUGUUAUUGUGUAUUUAAUUGUCAGUUCAAGUAUCAUAAUUACUAGGUAAUACAUACUGUUUGUGUGUGUGUAUGUAUACUGUAUAAAUGCUGAAAAGCUGAUAUAUGAUAUUUAGGAAAGCUGACAUAUUUAGGUUUAAAUAAUAAUAAUAAUAAUUAUUAUUAUUAUUAUUUAUAUCCUGCCUUUUCCCCCAAAUAGGGACUCAAGGCGGUGAACAGCAG